UACCGUACCCAGCAACACAAACUACCAAUUCAACAACAGGUGAAUGGGCACCAACCCCCCCCCCCCCCCCUCCCCUCCCCUCCCCAGACAUCAGCUUCAACUAGAGCAGAGGCAGAGGCAUUAAGAAGAAUAGGGGGAUCGAGAGGGAUGGAGUGUGGAGAGAGUAUCCUGUGUGGGUCUGGGGAGCUGGAUCUGGACCCUGACAUUGUGAGUGAAGAGGCCGGGAAACUGUACUCAGAACUACAGACAGUGAUAGAGACCCAUGGUGUAGGGGUUGUGGAGUCCCUGGUGCCCAUCCUAGUAUGGGUCCUGGAGGGUCUGGCCAGCUGCAGAGCCCAGCUCAGAGAGAGGGAGGACGAGGCCGAGAGAGAGAAAGGAGAGAGAGAUGAGCUGUUGCAGAGAUACCAGAGUGAGAAACUACUGAGGAGAGAGAGCCAGGAGCGGUAUCUGGAGUUGGAUGACCAGAUUGAGCAGGAGCGGAGGACGAUGAGGGGAAGAGAGAAGGAGAGAGAGAGGAGGGAAAAAGAACUGGAGAAAAAGGCCAGAGAGCAGGCUGACCAAUUGGUGGCCUUGGAGGAGCAGAGGGCUGGACUGGGCAGAGAGUUGAACACACUGAAGCACACUCACAACAAGUUGGUGCUCAGUUAUAAGGAUCUGCUGGAAAGGAAAAGGGAUCUAGAGAGAGAGGGAUCUCCACUAAGUAACCAUGUGCGCUCCAAGAAUUCACAAUCUACCCAGGGCCAGUCAGAAUCCUGUGUUAGCGGACAGGAGCUAACUGAUCGAAGGCCAGAAACGCCUCCUGAUUCUGUCCUGUUGGAAGAACCGGUAACCAAGGACGAUAGGGUGAUUGACAUUGUCGUAAAGCCAGACAGAGAUGCGUCCUUCAUCAAUGACAUCAUAAGCUCCACCCCUGAGCUGGCGAAGUUUCAUGGCCUUAUGAAUGCCAGCACCCCGGUCCGAGCAGACGUCAAAGAGCCAAUCAGAGACGAGACCAAGACCAGCAUGGAGGAAGAAAUGAAGGAGGUGGAGGAGAAAGAGGAAGGAAGAGCAAAGCAGGAGAAAGAAGGAGAGGAGGAGGAAGAUAUGGAUAGUCUGGAAUGGGAGCUGAGGAACACGGAGUCUGUGUUCUCAGAGCUGUCUGAGCUGAGUCAGGAAUACAUAGAGAGUGUGGACCAGGGGGCCAGUGUCAGAGGCAGCACCGACCAGUUUGAGGAGAUUCUUUCUCAGUAUGAGGAACUAAAACACACCCAUGAGUUAGUGAAUGCGGCCCGGAAAGCACUGAUCUCUCGUGUGGAGGAGCUGACCAAUGAGAGGUCAGCUCUUAAAGUGGAGGUGACUUCCUGCCAGGAGACUGUCACCCGAUUGGCGGGAAGAAUGAAGGAGAUGGAGGAGGAAACUAAGAGACUUCGGAAAGAACUGGAAGCAAAUAAAUUGGAUGAUUCCUCUCUGCCCAUAUCGCUGCGUCGGUUCUCUCGUUCGGAGAUGUCCCGUGUUGUCAUGGAGAAGAACCAGUAUAAGGAGCGUUUGUUUGAGCUGCAGGAGGCUGUGAGACGCAGUCAGACCAUUCGGGUCACCCAAGAAGAGAGGAUCACAGAGAGAGAGAGGACUAGUGUGUGGAGAAGAUUCAACCGUUUGUUUGGCCUGAACAAGAACCCCUUGGUUCCGUCCGCUGCUCUAGCGCUGGCCCUGCCGACGUCCCUCACUCACUCACCAAUGGGGUCUCCACGGAAACUGGCUGUCAGUACAACUCAGACAGAUGGUACCUCCCCUGAUGCAGCCCUGUCUCCGCGGGUCAGGAGGCGGGAGCUGUACAGAGACAUCCGCUCCCAUGUCUGGGGAACCCUGGGAAAACGGCAGGUUCAUGGCUGGAGCAUGCCGCGGUCACACUCACAGGAUUCCUCAGAGCCGACCCCUGAGCCCAAAGAUGUGCCUGUCCUAGUGCAGCUCAGACUGCUGGACCAGAGAGAUUCAACAGCCAAGCUAAACUGUGCUGUUGCUGUUACACCUGAGAUCUCAGGCGAGACAACGUGUGCUGUGUGGGUGGUCUCUGGUCCCGCCUCCAGUAGUGAUGUCACAGUGAUCAACCCUGCACGGUCCAAUACGGUUCUGGAUCAGUUCAGCCUCCCGCCCACCUCGCCCGCCCUAUGCAUCUGUGCUGUGCCCCCUACUGGUGAGACCUCAGGAACUGUGUGGAUUGGAACUCAGGAAGGAAGUGUGUUAGUCCACUCCGCGUCCACAGCUAGGAGGCGCUGUCUGCAGUCCAUCUCUCUGUCUGAGGGUGUGCACUCUCUCACGUAUUCACAUGGUCAAGUCAUUGCUGGAUUAGCCAAUGGGACGCUUGCAUUCUUCUCGCACAACCCAGGUGGAUGGGAUCUCCAAUCACAUGAGGUUUUGCCUCUGGGAUCAACUCCACUGCAGCCCAUUCGCUGUUGCCUAGCGAAGAGGGCGGGUUUAUGGGUAGGAUACUGGAAUCUGGUUCAUGUGGUCAAUGUCGAGAAUAGAAAAGUGGAGCAAACUUUAACCGUCUCGGAGCGCAGUGAGCAGCAGGUGCGUUUCCUGUGUGCGGCAGGAAGUGGUGUGUGGACGUCCUGCCGGCUAGACCCUACACUCAGGCUUUUUGAUUGGUCCACUGGCCGGCCCCUGCAGGAUGUGGAUCUGACCCCUCUAGUCACCAAAACACUGGGCCCUGCCUUCUUGUCUCUCUCUCCGCUCCAGAUCUCGUCCCUCACCUUCAUCUCUGGCCGUCUGUGGGUGGGAACAGGAAGUGGCGCCAUCUUCUCCAUCCCUGUGUCUCUCAGUUCAGAGUCUGCCUCUAUACCAUACUGCUUUUUGGCGGCAGCACAACUGUGUUACCAUGGACACCGCCAGGCUGUCAAGUUCAUCAUUGCUGCACCUGGCUGUGUGACCAGCUUCUCUACAAUAGGAGGCGGUGCUGUAACUCUAGUCUCUACCUCUCAACUCAUUCUCAGUGGAGGAGAGGGCUACAUCAACUUCCGUAUCGGGGACGACGCGAAUGACUGCGCACCCGAAGCUGCUCCACUGCGAUCAGACCGCAGUCACAUGAUCAUCUGGCAGAGCCCCACCCCCUCCCUGCCCAGCUCCGCCCUUUGACCACACCCACAUCCAGUCUAGAAUGAGACAAGGAAGGAUUAGUCAGAGAUGUCAUACAAGAGACCAGGAAGUACAAAUGGGAGCCAUUUUUUAAUUGGCUUCAUUCACUAGGAGUUCCAUUUGGAUUUUUGUUCUAGAAUUUUGGGAUUAAAUUAAGACAUCACAGCUUAAUCCUUCUUGUCUCAUUCUGUUAUUCAGUUGCUACCCUCAUCCUCUUGACUAAACCUUUCACCUAUGAUUUGACAAUCGUUGCUGUGAGAUUGGUUAUUGUACAAUGUUUUGUGUUUCAUAUAUGGGCGGCAGGUAGCCUAGCUGUUAAGAGCGUUGGGCCAGUAACUCAAAGAUCGCUGGUUCGAAAACCCGAGCCGACUAGGUCAAAAAUCGGUCCGUGCACAUGAUGAGCAAGGCACUUAACCCUAAUUGCUCCUGUAAAUCACUCUGGAUAAGAGCGUCUGCUAAAUGACUCACAUGUAAAUAUCAUCAAAUCAAAUUUAUUUAUAUAGCCCUUCGUACAUCAGCUGAUAUCUCAAAGUGCUGUACAGAAACCCAGCCUAAAACCCCAAACAGCAAGCAAUGCAGGUGUAGAAGCACUGGGAAAAACUCCCUAGAAAGGCCAAAAUCUAGGAAGAAACUUAGAGAGGAACCAGGCUAUGUGGGGUGGCCAGUCCUCUUCUGGCUGUGCCGGGUGGCACAUCACUGUAGCAAAGUAUUUUACAGUAAGAGUCUUGACUUUUGUUUGGUUAGUUAAGAAUGGUUAGGGUUUGUUUUUACCACAAAACAUGCACACUCAGAUUCAUAUCAUCAUUCCAUGACGUUUGAUCAAACUCGUUUACAUUGAUACUGAGAUGUAGUGUUGAAGCUGCUGGGUUCCUAGUAACUAUUGUUGCAUAAGACCCUGGCCUUCAGUUCCCAUGCUGGGUAAAUCUACAGCGUAAUUGCACUUUAUUAUCAUCUCUCUCUCUGUGUGUGUGUGUGUCAAAUCUUUUGAAAUUAUUGGCUAAUCCUCUUGAAGAUUCUAGAAAAAAAAAACUGCUAGGAUUUCUCCCAGAGAAAUUAUCUUAUGUCUGCUCGUCAUGACCUUGUGAAACACAUUUAAUUUUUUUGUUUUGUUCUAAGUUUUCAUUUGCAGAGCGAUAAGGGAGUGGAAGUCUCAAAAGAUACUUAAAGUAUUUUAUGCAGUAUUUGAAAGAGUGUUUGUGUGUGACUCAUGUCUGAAAAUGUUCAUCAUAACGACUCUAUGCAAGAUAAUCUAUGAAAAAUAAACUUUUGUAAAUACUUUCA